AUGAUGCACGAGCUGCCCGCGUCGCCGACGUCGUCGAGCACCGAGACCAUGUCGUCGCACACGCCGACCAAGAAGCGCAAGGUCGGCGUGCCCAAGUUCCUCCGGUACCUCUACCAGAUCCUCGAGAAGGAAGACAGCGCGAUCAUCUCGUGGGCGAACGGUGGCACGUCGAUCCAGAUCCUCGACACGGACCGCGUCGCGCAGUACAUUUUGCCAAAGUACUUUAAACACUCCAAGUACGCGAGCUUCCAGCGCCAGCUCAACUACUUUGGCUUCCGCAAGUGGACGAAGAGCCAGACCAACAUUUGCACGUUCAGCCACCCCGAGUUUCGCCAGAAUCGACCAGACCGCUUGUACCUCAUCAAGCGCAAGAACAGUCCCGAGUCGGCGCGCAAGAAGCCGUCCUCGAAAACAACGUCGCACGAGAAGACGGCGCCGAUGCCACCGAUGCUGCACUUUCAGAUGCGGCAGCACCUCCACCCGAUGGCGCCCAUGAGCUACGACUUUUUGGCGCCAGCGAGCACGUCGUCGUCGCCGUCGGCGGGCUUUCAGCGCGCGCUCUUCCCGAACGACGUGCUCGACUUCAACCCGACCAAGAAGGAGAGCAUGCUGUUUGGAUUCCAGUCCAAGCCGUCGCCGACGACGACGCCGCUGCCGUCAACGCACCUUCUCUCGGACAUUGAGAACCUCCAGAUCCAAGGCGACGGCCCGAGCUUUAGCCUCUUGGACGUCAACCACAUGAUGUUUGGGGGCGGCGCAUCGACGCCGCUCCCACCGUCCAUGCUGCCCGACUUCAAGGACUCUACGAACGAGACGCACUUUGAUUUUGAUAUGAACUGCGCGUGGCUCGACAGCUUUACGCCCGUGGAUCCGGUCGCGUACCCCAAUGGACCGCCGUUCAACCACGCCGAGUACGCAUGAUAGACGACCAAGCACUAUUAGAAGACAAUAUUCACCACACAUAACACGUUAUCUAUCUCCAA